AAAUUAAUUCAGAUUUUCUGAAUUGAAACGCGCGACUAACACCUUUCCGUCUCUUCCCUGAUUCUCUCAUGUUCUCGCUUCUGUACGUAUUCCUUAAACCUAAAAUUUCUUCCACCAGUCGCCAGCCCAGCCACCGCCGCUAGUGACCAACUGCCGCCAGCCCCUGCCGCCUAUUCAUGGCGUCGAUCGAUAUUUAAUCUCUAAUAACUCAAUUGUUUCCGCUUAUUUUUACCGGAUGGAGCUUUAUGCAUUUAAUCCAGGACCGCUGGAUGAUUCUGUGCUAUAUGAUCAAGAGAAGCAUGUGUCUACUGCUAUUUGGGAAGGGCAGGAGCGCGGGGCACUUAGAUGUCAUGAGCACACUUCCAAGCUUGAUCAGUGGAUACUAACACCCAAACAGAUCGACUUAAUUGAGAGGGCUGGAUUUGGGUACUUAAGAUUCAUCCCUGCAAUUAGCUUAGACAAUCCAUUGAUAUCUGCAUUAGUUGAAAGAUGGCGUCGGGAAACGAAUACAUUUCAUCUGACAGUUGGUGAAAUGACCAUUACUCUUGAAGAUGUUGCCUAUUUACUUGGACUUGCAAUUGAUGGAGAACCUGUUAUAGGGGUCACAUACACGACAUGUGAUGCUGUAUGUGAAAGAUAUCUGGGGAAGGCACCGGACUCUGGUUACACUAGUGGUGGCAUGGUGAAGCUGAGUUGGCUUAAAGAAUGCUUUUCCCGUUGUCCAGAAAAUGCAUCAAAUGAAGACAUAAAACGUCAUACCCGGGCUUAUCUUCUUUACCUUGUUGGAAGUACAAUUUUUUCCACAACUACCGGUAAUAAAGUCCCAGUGAUGUACCUCCCUCUUUUUGAGGAUUUUGAUUUAAGUGGGAAGUAUGCAUGGGGUGCUGCAGCAUUGGCUUUUUUGUAUAGGGCACUUGGUAAUGCUUCUCUUAGAUCCCAGAGCACUGUCAGUGGCAGCUUAACCCUAUUGCAGUGUUGGAGCUACUUCCACCUCAACAUUGGCAGACCCAAACUUGGUCAAGACUCGUAUUAUGAUAAUUUUCCUCUAGUUCUGCGGUGGAAAGGAAAGCAAAGUGGUCCAACUACCAAUCGUGAUAUAAACUUCUACCGUAAGGCGCUGGACUCGUUAAAGCCAACUGAUGUAGAUUGGUUCCCCUAUCAGAAUGUGGAUCCCAUGGUAAUACCCGAUGAGAUAGCGAGCAGCUUAGUUUUGGGAAGGUCUAAAACAAUGUUGAUUUGCUUCGAUAAGGCGGAGCGACACCUGCCAGAUCGUUGCAUGAAGCAGUAUGGCAUGCCUCAUCAACCGAUCCCAGAACCUGUAGAUCGUUGGGAGAGGAAGAGCCGUGGGGUUGAUGGUGGAGUGGACUUGUCAGGGAAAAUGGAGUCAGAGCUCAAAGAAUGGUCCGAACGUCAUCUCCAAAUCAUACAUAGUGGAGAAGAUGCUGAUGACAGCAAAUAUAUGCAUUGGUAUUUGAGAAUUACACGUAGGUUUGUAGGACGACCGAUUCCUCUUGCAUCGGAGUUUCAAAGAAUGAACUCAACACUUCAAGAAGUCGCACACAUUGCAGAUACAAUGUCCCUACAAGGUUUAGAUAAUGAACAAAUACACUCGAUAACAAGGAUUAGGUAUGUAGUUCAUGAAUGUCUAAGAGAUCAAGCAGGAAGUGUUGUCAUGGUUGCUUCACCACCGCCAGAAAACGAGGAUUGCAGUAAGAGAGGUAGGGGUAAGGAGAAGAUCAGAAGAAAGGGCAUGGGUAAACGAAGGCGGAAGGAAGAGCUGGAACAAUGUCGAGAAAAUAGUAUUAGUAGGGACGACCAAUUGAUACCAAAUUACGCUGCAACUGGUAUUGAAUACAUUGAGCAGAUACAUCACCCAGUUCGAUUAGUAAAUCAUCAACACCUGUGCCAUCCAGAUGUUACUGGUGUAAGUGAAGAAAUGGACGAUUCUCGGCUUUGUAUCUCCGUCAAUGAAGUAGUAGGUGAUGCACAAAUAUGCUUGCAGGAGAAUGAGAUUGGGUCUUGUGACGGUGUUGAUGGGUCACAGCCACCAACUUUUGUUGAUCAUCAAGAUCGGCAUUGUCAUCCGUCAGAUGACGACAUCAAAUAUGAUGAUCAUGUAAAUGGUUUGGAUCUCAGAUUUGAUAAUCAAGAGGAGCCACUCUCUGACGAAGACAUCAAGCUAGAGGAGCAUGGAACUAGGAUGAUUCAAGGAAAAGACGGUUGUUCCUCUCCUCAUGCUACUCUUGAUGAGUGCACUCCUCAUUCCUUGGAGAUGGCUGCCGAGGUACUCCCUCAUUCGUCCGAUAGAAGUGAAGAAAGCUCUCAAGAGUCUCGAUGACACUACCUAGAACAAAUUGAUCCGUCAUUGUUGCUUUUACAUGGCGUUUCUUCUGAGAAAUAUCGAUAUUUCAUAGCAGCCUGCUGACAUAUUUACUGAUAAGUGUAUUUAUAUGACUAGAAUCCGGCUCCUCAUAUCGUCUCCAGUAACUUUGCUGAACCGCAGUUCUUGAAAAUGAGAUGAAAUGAUGAAGGGCUUCAUGUAACGUUAUUGGAGCGUUUAUUUGAAUCACAUAGUUUUGCAAUUAGAUUCGACUGCCAUUUCUGUUAAUUGGAAUUUGGAAGUCACUGAUUGUGUGAUUCCUGAUAAAUUUUUACUGAACAAUUUCACUCAGUAUAUAACUGCCCCUUCAUUUAAGUUUA